AUGGUGUUCGGUAGAAUAUCAGAUCUAGUUUCUGCUGCAACAAGUCGCCUGUCACCCUCAAAAUCUUCUGCUUUGCCUUAUAUGCCAACUGGAUUGUCGCCUCCACCAGAAACCACUGGUCAUGGCUUCACUUUUUCCAACUCUGCACCCAAGAACAACAACUUGCGACUUUCUUCAUCUCUCCAAGAUUUCUCAUCAUAUAGUCGUCUUGAUCUUGAACAAGGGGACUUCAACCUUGGAGUUGACAGGAAACCUCGUUCCUUGCAGAGAGAAAAUGCUGGGUCAAGUUUCUCUAAGGAGAAAGCAUUGCCUUGUGGAACUCCAGUUUUGCGGAGGAAGUGGGUGCAGUUGCUCUUGAUUUUCUUGUGCUUACUACUCUUUGCUUUCUUAACUUAUCUGGUUACAGCAUAUGUUUAUUCUUAUUGGUCUCAAGGAGCAUCCAGGUUCUAUGUUGUUCUUGACUGUGGAAGUACUGGAACUAGAGUCUAUGUAUACCAGGCAUCAAUUGAUCACUACUCAGAUGGUGGUCUCCCAAUCGUCCUGAAAUCAUACACAGAAGGUGUUUCAAGAAAGCCUAAUGGACGUGCAUACGAUCGAAUGGAGACUGAGCCUGGGCUUCACAUGUUGGUACGUAACACGUCUGGAUUAAAGGCUGCAAUUAACCCACUUGUUCGGUGGGCUGAGAAGCAAAUUCCCCAGCAAGCGCAUAAGACUACCUCUCUUUUUCUUUGUGCUACGGCUGGAGUUCGUAGACUUCCCAAUGCAGAUUCCAAAUGGCUUCUAGACAAGACAUGGUCUAUUCUGAAGGAAUCACCUUUCUUGUGCCAGAGAGAAUGGGUUAAGAUCAUCAGCGGCAUAGAGGAAGCUUACUACGGAUGGAUAGCCCUUAACCAUCACAAGGGUGUGCUAGGGGCAAGCCCCAAGAAAGCAACAUUUGGAGCACUUGAUAUGGGUGGCUCGUCAUUACAAGUUACUUUCGAGAGUGAGAAACAUGUUCAUAAUGAGACUAGCCUAAGUCUUAGAAUUGGAGCGGUUAAUCAUCGUCUCAGUGCCUAUUCUCUUGCAGGCUAUGGUUUAAAUGAUGCAUUUGACAAAUCUGUUGCACAUAUAUUAAAGAAGCGUUCUAAUGGAGAUCUAGGUAGUGGGAACAUAGAAAUUAGACACCCUUGCCUUCAGUCUGGCUAUAAAGAGCAAUACAUUUGUUCUCGGUGUGUUUCUAAACAACAAGAUGGAGUGAGUCCUGUUAUCAGAGGAAGAAAUUUGGGUAACCGAGUUAAGUCAGGAAUUCCUGUACAGCUUAUCGGUGCCCCAAAUUGGGAAGAAUGCAAUGCACUUGCUAAAAUUGCUGUUAAUUUGUCUGAAUGGUCUGCUCAAGACCCUGGAAUUGAUUGUGAUUUGCAACCUUGCGCUCUUCCUCCAAAUCUCCCACGCCCUUACGGUCACUUCUAUGGUAUGUCUGGCUUUUUUGUGGUGUAUCGAUUUUUCAACCUGACUUCAGAAGCUGCGCUUGAUGAUGUUUUGGAAAAGGGUCGAGAAUUCUGUGAAAAGAAUUGGCAAGUUGCGAAGAACAGUGUUCCUCCACAGCCCUUUAUUGAACAAUACUGUUUCAGGGCACCAUAUAUAGUGUUACUGUUGAGAGAGGGCUUACACAUUACAGAGAACCAAAUUAUCAUUGGUUCUGGAAGUAUUACUUGGACUCUUGGGGUUGCCCUGUUGGAAGCUGGGAGAGCAUUUUCAACUAGAUUGAAGCUUCAUAACUAUGAAAUACUCCAGAUUAAGAUACAUCCAGUGGUUCUUAUUGCCAUUUUGCUUACAUCAUUGAUUGUGCUUGUUUGCGCAUUAUCAUCUGUUGGCAAUUGGAUGCCAAGAUUUUUCUGGAGACCAUAUCUCUCGCGUUUCAGGCAUAACAGUGCAUCUGCCACAUCUGUUCUUAGCAUCCCAUCUCCUUUCCGAUUCCGACGUUGGAGUCCUAUCAGUUCUGGUAAGCUUUUAUAUUGUCUCUAUAAUAUGGGAGCAUAA